GAGCGGACGCGCGCGUACGAGGUUCUUUUCACGUCACUGGAGCGAUCAGCGCUAUCAGCCGGCGGCAAAUGGAGGGGGAGGUAAGGGAGUUCACGCGCGCUCGUACUCCCUGAACGAACAACGCCACGCUGCAGGCUCCCAUUCGCCGCAAACAGCCGGUAUUCCAAUCCGGAAGGAGACCUGACGGCGAUCGCCCAAGAAACCGGGAACGUGCACAGAGCCUCGAGCCCGCGCCUCUCCGCGGGAACUCUCCUGCGCACACCAUCCGCCCGUCGAUGUCCUCAAUCGAUGGCCAUGUUUCGGUCCUACGUGAGAAUCUUUCGAUCGGUCCCUCCUCCAGGUCGCCGGUAAACUUGACUUUCUGAACGAGGCCUGUUCUACUGGCAGUGCAUUGCAGGCGAGCGUGAAUGUUCGUGAGGCGAGCGCCACCGAGCGAGCGAGCGAGAGCGAGGGAACGAGGAAGAGAACGAGAGAAACCUUGAGCUCGUGGCCGAGACUGCGAUUGCAACGGCAAAUACGGACGGGGCGAACUCGCUCUCUUGAGUUUUGGUUCAGUGAGGCCAUCGAAGUGCGCAACGGGGAGUAGGGUCGAAUCGAACGUUGUUACCCGCUUGCGAUUUUCGUUAAGUUGGUUGUGUGUCGCGUCUUCGAGUAGUCGUUGGUGGGUUUGUUGCUGCGAAUUGGGGUGUUGUCGCUGUGGGAGGAGGGAGGAGAGUUCUCGAUGGCAGCAACAGAGAGUGCUGGAGCUGGACCUCCAGCGACGCCUAAGCCGGUAGAAGCGGAGAAGGGGGAGAAACAAGAGGAGAAAGUCGAGGAGGAGAAAGAAAAAGAGGAAGAAGAGGAGGAAGUGAAAGGAGGCGAGUUGUUAUUUUGUGGAUGUGCGUCUUGGGAAAAUGUCGGCAGGAAGACCGUGGACGGUAGUAACAAUACCAAUAUGUCCAAGCCUGUUCGACUUACUUCUCUCCUGAACGUCUCCAUCGCUUUCAUUGCGUCUGGAUCAGCCUCGUGUCAUUGUGUGGCUCUCGAUGUAAAUGGACGCUGUUACACCUGGGGUCGCAAUGAGAAAGGUCAACUAGGCCAUGGAGAUUUUCUCCAGCGUAAUAGUCCAACGCUUGUGACAGCCCUAACAAGACACGUAGUGGUUAAGGCGGGAGCUGGUCGAAGCCACACUGUUGUCGCUACUGAAGAAGGUUCCUCUUUGGCUUUUGGAUGGAACAAACAUGGUCAACUAGGAUCAGGCAGUCUGAAAGAAGAAGCGGAGAAGCUGCCGGUUAGAUGUUUGGUUACAGAGGUGAAACAAGUGUAUUGUGGAGCGGAAUUUACCCUUUGGCUGUCAUCUGUAACUGGGGCUUCAAUUCUGUCUGCUGGCUUGCCUCAGUACGGACAACUCGGACAUGGAACUGAUAACGAGUACAAUUCCAAGGAAGGUUCAGUGCGUUUAGUCUAUGAGCCACAACCGCGGCCUCGAGCCAUUGCAUCCCUCGCCGGAAAAAAUAUUACCAAAGCAGCUUGUGGAAACAAUCACAGUGUGGCUGUAGACUCGGACGGCUUUGUGUAUACGUGGGGCUUUGGCGGUCAUGGAAGACUGGGUCACAAGGAACAAAAGGAUGAAUGGGCUCCGCGAGUCGUGGACCAGUUCCAGCGUUCUAACACGUUGCCACCAACAGCUGUCGUUGCCGCAGGGUCUGCAUACUCUGCAUGUACCGCCGGAGGCGGUCAGUUAUAUAUGUGGGGACGUGUGAAGACGACAGGUGACAAUUGGAUGUAUCCGAAGCCUGUCAUGGACUUAAGUGGCUGGAACAUUCGAAGCAUGGAUUGUGGUAAUACAAGCAGCGUGGCUGCUGCAGAGAAUUCCUGCAUCAGCUGGGGAACAGCAGUUUACGGAGAACUCGGCUACGGCCCCACUGGACCCAAAUCGUCAGCAAACCCAAAGCUGAUUGACGUGCUCGAAGGAAUGCAUGUCAUGAGUGUAGCAUGUGGAGUUGGGCACACACUUUUUGUGGUUGAUCGAACCAAAGUACCCGAGAAACUGGGGAAGGUAAAAACUACUGAAGAGGAAGAUUGGUGGUUGAAAGAUAAGGUCGAAACGUUCACCGCUCCUGAAUACACGCCAGCUGCUGUCGUAGAAGAGCCAGAGAAGCCGAAUAAGGGAGGGGCAAAGGGAGCUGCUAAAGCCAAACAGGAUGCGAAGAAGCGAAAGGCGGCACCUGCACCUGUUGUUGCGACUCCAGAGAAGAAGCAGAAAGCAAAGCCCGCGCCGAAAAAAAAAGAAGUCUCCGAGAGUGAGGAAGAAGAGAGCAAAGACGAAAGUGAAGGAGAGUCCGAAGAUGAGGAGGAAGAUGAGAAACCUAAAGGCAGGGGCAAUACCAGAGGUAAAGGUAGGGGCAGGGGUAGAGGUAGACCACCAAAGACUGAUGCGAAAACCACGACUAAAAGUGCCCCAGUUGCUCCAGCUAAAGUUGAGGAACCUCCUGCGAAGAAGGGACGCGGUCGUGGUCGGGCCCCUGGGCGAGCACAAGCAGAGGCACCUCCUGUUGAGGUGAAAAGUGCGAAGACCAGUCCUCCAGCGAAGAGGGGGCGUGGUAGAGGAAGACCUCGAGGGAAGGCCAAGUGAUUAGGUAGUUCCCGAAGUAGUAGAACACAAGAGGCCUAGCUUAUAGAUGGAUUAUCACCAAUGAAUUGGGGCUAUAUUCUGUAUACCAAUCAGCUCAUUGUUCCCGAUUACACCGUAAACCUGGUGCAUGUGCAAGAUAUGUGGUGCAGGUCGACCAUCUUCUUCAAUCGGGAGUUUUACAAAAUUGGACAGGACCUUCUUGCACGGCGUCGAGAACAAGGCAUUCAGUCUCCAUUUUUGUUCAUCAGCCAUCACAUUUUGUGCAAUUAGAAUCGAAUGAUUAGGUAGUAGGCAGUUGGUAGAUUAACUUAACUGUUGGUGGCGAGAAGAGUUUGGGGGCCUCUUCUUUCCCUUUGGUAUCUUUUGUACCAGUACGAAAAGUACGAAAUGCGCAGGUUUGUGUUGUGGUUAUCCUGAUUCAGGUAUUUAUCCUCUGAACUUGUAGGCAUCCAGAUUAGAGGCAUAAAUUAUUAUAUCUCACUGACUACGAUUGAGUGAGGCUGUUAUGUUCCAAUGAAGAUGGACUGCAAGUUAUCAAGAUCCUCAAUUCCCCUUAGCACUUGAAUGAGAGCUCAAUGGACUGCUUGGCAUUGUGACAUGGUGGGAAUUGUGGGUCCUUUUGUACGGAUAGAUCUGGAGGAGUUUGUGCAAGUCUUCUUAGUAAGCUUUCACCUGCAUCGCAGGUCCUUCUUGCUUUACGUCGAGACUUCGGUUUGACUGUAUAUAGAAAGAUAUGCAGUCUGGAAACCAUGGGGGUUGAUCAGAAACACAGAUGUAAAAGGCUCUUUGUUCGUUGUGAAUCGUUGUUAAUGCCCUCAUGAAUAACUAUUGUGCUGUUGAGAUAUCGCUGACUACGAGUUUGAUAUGAUUGGGUUGCGUUUACUGGAGAGAAUAGGUGGUGGGCAUUGAGGAUACACACUUUGUCUACCACUCUUUUCUUAACCUGCCCAUGAUACCCGGUGGUUCUUUCGAAGGAAGAGGGGAUCUAUUAACUUCACGAGAGAAAAGGAAUAGUUUCAAACUUCGCGUCUACAGACUUCUUACCCUGGAGGGACCUCAGAACCAUUCUUCCUACAGGUGCUCAUAACGAAGAGAUUCUAUUCAUACCUUAAGUAGAUGAGAAGUCGGGUCUUGGACGGGAUUGACUACUGGCACUUUGUAUAGAUUGAAUGGACUUUACUCAGGGAGAGUAAAAAGGAAAAGAAGGACCAUGAUGUAUACUAAGUACAAACAAUCGAAAUCAGUUGAGCGACCUAGCAGUACUGAGUGGGAUGAGGCACUGCCAUCAAUGUAUCGAAAGAGUUUCCAUCAAUAUCAAAUUGCCACUUAAAUUGUCAAGUGGCCGUGGAAAGCUGAAAAGUCUUACUCCC